AUGCAAUAUUUCUCCUUUUUGGCACCUUUGGCUGCCUUCCUACUCCUUUCUGCCGCCCUCCAGAACAACGAAGAUAUCGAAGCUAGAAACAGUAUUUUCACCCGAUCUGAAGACGAACUCGAAACGAUUCCAGCGUAUGCAAACAGUCUGUUCGCACGAGGAGAGGACGAAGAGGACUUGCAUUAUGUUCAUCCCAAUUACGGGUGCCGGGCCUGCACUUGCACUGCGAGGGUAAUUGCUCCCGGGAAUGGAGAUUAUUUCGACAUAGGCAACAGCAACGGGAAACUCCUCGAGGCCCUAGGCAAGGGGAACUGUGCGACAGGUGGCCAAAUGUCAGAUACUAGUGGUUUCUGGGAGCCACUCUCUAAGGACCGUUGUACUGAUGCAUCCUACAAGAAGUGCAAGGCAUUCUCGAUUAGGGGCUGGUUCCAAAUUUACCGAUUGGCGGGAAACGGCCCGUCGUGGAGCAUGCUCUGUCUGCUACUCGCAGCGACCGAACGAACGAUUCAAAGUCGAAACCCCCUUUCGAGACGCACCCGAUCCCUCCUACCGACACUUCUCAACAUGGCCAUACGACCGGCGCUUGCUCGCAAGAAGCUCAAGAGCAAGGAGAGGUUUAAGACGUACUCUGCACGCAACACGUCCGAUCUGACGGGGCAAGCUCUCUGGCGGUAUACUGGCGCAGAUACGCUGAGAGCGAGACCUGUUUAG